GUAUCAUAGACAGUCACAGAAUGCCUUAUUUCACAAGACUCAUUUUGUUCUUGUUUUGCCUGGCGGCUCUUGUGGAGAGCAGAAAGCCCAAGAGGAGGAGAUGGACAGGGCAGCUGGAAAUGCCCAAGCCAAGUCACCUAUAUAAGAAGAACCUUGACGUGACCAAAAUCCACAAGGGAAAACCUCAGCCACUUCUUAGAGUGGAGGACCAUGAUUUCUCCAUGAGGCCCGCCUUUGGAGGCCCUGCUAUCCCGGUGGGUGUGGACGUGCAGGUGGAGAGCCUGGAUAGCAUCUCGGAAGUGGACAUGGACUUCACCAUGACCCUGUACCUGCGACAUUACUGGAAGGAUGAGAGGCUGGCUUUUCCCAGCACCAACAACAAGAGCAUGACCUUCGAUGGCCGGCUGGUAAAGAAGAUCUGGGUCCCCGAUGUCUUCUUUGUUCAUUCCAAAAGGUCAUUCACCCAUGACACCACCACUGACAACAUCAUGCUGAGAGUGUUUCCAGAUGGGCACGUGCUGUACAGCAUGAGGAUUACAGUCACUGCCAUGUGCAACAUGGACUUCAGCCACUUUCCCCUGGACUCCCAGACCUGUUCUUUGGAGCUGGAAAGCUAUGCAUAUACAGAUGAAGAUCUGAUGCUGUAUUGGAAGAAUGGGGAUGAAUCCCUGAAAACAGAUGAGAAGAUCUCCCUGUCUCAGUUUCUGAUUCAGAAAUUUCACACCACUUCCAGACUGGCCUUCUACAGCAGCACUGGCUGGUACAACCGUCUGUACAUUAACUUCACGUUGCGACGCCACAUUUUCUUCUUCUUGCUCCAAACCUAUUUCCCUGCCACCCUGAUGGUCAUGCUGUCCUGGGUGUCCUUCUGGAUCGACCGCAGAGCUGUGCCCGCCAGAGUUUCACUGGGUAUCACCACCGUGCUGACCAUGUCCACCAUCAUCACGGGCGUGAACGCCUCCAUGCCCCGCGUGUCCUACAUCAAGGCGGUGGACAUCUACCUCUGGGUCAGCUUUGUGUUCGUGUUCCUCUCGGUGCUGGAGUAUGCAGCUGUCAACUACCUGACCACGGUGCAGGAGCGGAAGGAGCGGAAGCUCCGGGAAAAGUUCCCCUGCACAUGUGGAAUGCUUCAUUCAAGAACCAUGAUGCUGGAUGGAAGCUACACUGAGUCUGAGGCCAACAGCCUGGCUGGGUACCCACGAAGCCAUAUUCUGACAGAAGAAGAAAGACAAGACAAAAUAGUGGUCCAUCUGGCUGUGAGCAAUGAAUCCAACUCCUCUAGGAAGAAGGGGCUUCUGAAGGGCCAGAUGGGUCUUCGCAUCUUCCAGAACACCCAUGCCAUUGACAAGUACUCCAGGUUGAUAUUUCCUGCCUCCUACAUAUUUUUCAACUUAAUUUAUUGGUCAGUGUUUUCCUAGAAGCCCUGAGACUAUGCUUGGGAAAGGACAUAGACAUCUAUGGGGCCUGGCCAGCCGUCUGCACAUGGACCUGCUGACCACUCUUCCCUCACCAGACGGAGCAGCUGCCCCUGGACCACCAGACCCUGGACCAUGAUGGCAGUACCCCCUCUCAGAGGAGCCCAGGAGCCCUCCAGCUCCCCUUUCCCUGACCUCAUGGGUUUGCUCCUCAUUAACGGUGUGUUCUGUGUCCUACUUCAUGCCUCAUUGGGACUGUCUUCUUCUGUUCUUGUGUGUAAACAAGAGCACAAGAGCCCCCCCCUCCUAUAAAAAUGACUCAAAUGCCUCCUAGAUAUUCUGAUACCCUAAGGAAGCCCAGGAUUCAGUUGUGAAGGGACAAGGAAGAAUAAAGGGCAAGCUUAGGGGCUUUAUGGAUAAGAGACAGGAAAUAG